CCCCCGCUGCCAAUAUAUCUCGCCACCACCGGCUGCCAGCCUGCCAGUCUGCCACCCCCCGUCUCCGUCUCCCCCAACGGGCUCCGCUACUGCUCGUCACGUCCCCUCCCACCUCCGCCUCCCGCGGCGCGGCUACCCGGCGGCGCGGCGGGUUCUUCGCCGGUACCUGAGGGGCGGCGGCUGCGGCGGCGGAGGCGCGCGCGCUCGGGCGGAUGGCGCUGUUCCGGCGGCUGUUCUACCGGCGGCCGCCCGAGGGGCUCGUCGAGAUCUCCGGCAACAUCCUCGUAUUUGACCACUGCUUCUCCACGGAUUUAUUUGAAGAAGAUGAGCUGAUGCCAUACAUUGGAGGAAUCUUAAAACAGUUACUUGGUCGCUACUCCAUUGACUCAUUCAUGGUAUUCAACUUUGAGGGAGGCAAGAAGCACAACCAAACUGCCAGCAUUUUCUCUUAUUAUGACAUGAGCGUAAUGGGUUAUCCACGUAACUAUGAAGGAUGCCCGUUGCUAACCAUGGAGAUGAUUCACCAUUUCCUGAGGUCUAGUGAAAGCUGGCUCACUUUAAGCCAGGACAAUUUCCUGCUUAUCCAUUCGGAACAUGGGGGGUGGCCAGUCCUUGCUUUUGCAUUGGCAGCUCUACUGGUUUACCUCAAAAGGUGUACAAAUGAGAGGAAGGCUUUGGAGAUGGUCUGCAAACAUGCACCAGCUGGGCUAGCUGAGCUAUUCUCACCAAUUGACCCAGUGCCUUCUCAGCUGAGAUACUUGAAGUAUGUAUCAAAACGGCACAAAUCACCAGAACUAUGGCCUCCUGCUGACAGAAUGCUGAAUUUGAAUUGUAUAAUAAUCAGGAAGGUACCAAAUUUUGACGGGCAAGGGGGAUGUAGGCCUAUAUUCCGGAUUUAUGGCCUAGAUCCCCUUGCGCCUAAUGACAGAGCUACUAAAGUUCUCUUUUCGAUCCCAAAGACAAGUGAUUUUGUCCAGCUUUAUACACAGGAAGACUGUGAGAUAAUCAAGGUUAAUGUUCAUUGUCCUGUUCAAGGAGACAUUGUAAUUGAGUGCAUCAGCCUGGAUGAGGACUUGGAACAUGAAGUUAUGGUGUUCAGAACGAUGUUUAGCACAGCUUUUAUUGAUGACAACUUGUUGGUACUCGAUCGAGACCAGAUUGACAUUCUGUGGGACACAAAACAUCGGUUUCCUGUAGACUUCAGAGUUGAGGCUAUAUUUUCUGAUAUGGACAUGAGCACAACAAUAGGCAAAUCUGAGCUAUCAAGUGAGGAGAAAGGAAGCCUUUCCAAGGUUGAUGAUGCCUUCAGUCAUCUGGAUUGGUCAAGCAAAAAUGAUCACAUCACAAAUCAUGAAUCAGACCAGAAGGGUUUACACAACGAACAUGAUGGCUUUGAUGUGGUACCUCUAGAGGAAACAGAAACCAGCAACUCUGCGGCUGCACAUAGCUUGCUGGACAGCAGAUCAGUUCAGGUUCAUCAUACAGAACCUCCACAUAACCAUUCUUCUGCGACAAAGUUUGAUGGUAGUGAGGAUUAUGCUGCCAAUGCGCGUUCUUUACCAGAAGCAGAAGCUCCCGGACCAAACUCUCAAGGAGGUCAAAUCUUCAAGGACACAUCAGCACGUGAUGAGCCAGAAGUGGAUGACGCUAAGAAUGAACUCAAUUCAAAAAUAUCGCGAGAUGCAGAAGCUGGAGGUGCUGCAGCUGCAGAGUUGUCUGACAACAAUUCAGAUGUGUUCCUGUCAGAUUCACCCUCAAGCAGCCCUCCAUCUAGCCCGCCAAAGUACGACGAAGAUAUCGUGGUAGCUGGGAUGGUCGACACUCGAUCACAACUGACUGAGCUGAAGAUAUAACGAGUUCGCGAAUUGCUUCUGAUGCGAAUUGGGGCCCACCUGAACCAAGGAUGAAGGAUGAUGGAGCUGCCGAAAAUGUACUUACAUAAUACUGUUUGGGUGGGGGGGGGGAUGGUUGGCCAGACCAUAAGCAUGUACAGUUCAUUUACUCAAACAUGUAUGAAAGAUCAAGAUCUAUCGAAAUUUUGUUGAAAA